AUUGUAUUAUAGUACCAACUUCUAUGCGAGCUUAUCCACAUACGUACAGAGGAUUUUAAUUGGAUUAUCGACCCUGUGUGACUCAAUGGUUUAUAAUGUUUUGGCGGGAGUGGUGUGUUUUGACUUGCAUUUUGUAGUCGGAGCAGUUUCCCCUUCUAUGCUGGGAACACAUUCAUGACCGACAUGACAAGCAAUAUUUCAGUCGAUCCUACAGCGCCGUUGAUCGCCGGCCGACCAUCAUCCUGCUAAAACAAUAAAAGACACUAAAGGUACGUAAAGUACACGUGGUGACCCAAGUAGACCGGGGAGAGGAAAACGGUUAGAUAUUUCCUACAUUCACUCGUCUUGUUUCAGAGCAAGGUGCGACUAUAAAUAUUAAGUGCCAAGUUACACCGUCCGGUUUGAGCUUCGUGGUGGAUCAGUGGAUGAUCUCUGGAUGAUCUCUGGUACCAUUGAGGGAACUCCGUGGUGAGAGUACACAAAUUAAUAGAAACAAUCCUGGGCUGGGUGUGCUAUUAUGCUGAGUGGCAUACGCACACAGUGGACUUCACUGAUGUAGAGCUUUUCACUCCUCUCCCAAUCUCAUCACUGUUCUGUCAGCAUAUCUUCACGGUCUCAGAUAGACAUGAUAUGAUAGAGAUCUUAUUCUCCCUGCUUUUUAAUUGCAUUUAUGGGAUUACUGUGACGGAUUUUUAGGAAAUUUGGGCAGACAGGUAUUUCCCUGCCCCUCCAAAAUAAAAACUGACUGAAAGUUUCAAACCUAAAAUUGCUUAACAGCAAGAAAAAAGGUUUUAAAUUUUUGGGGCCAUUUCUGGAAAAUUUGUCGACUAUUGACGACUUCAGUUUUGAAAAAUAUGGAGACUGGAAAAGAAUUUGUUUGUGAUGUUUGUGGAAAAGCCUUCUCAUAUGAAUCCAAACUGAUCACCCAUCAGCGUGUCCACACUAAAGCGAAACCAUUUGACUGUGAAGUUUGUGGUAAAAGCUUCGCAUCGAAAGGGUCAGUGACAGUUCAUCAACGUGUCCACACUGGAGAGAAACCAUUUGACUGUGACAUAUGUGGAAAAGCCUUCGCGGUAAAAUCUCAUGUGACAACCCAUCGUCGUGUUCACACUGGAGAGAGACCGUAUGCUUGUGAUCUUUGUGGACAAGGUUUUGCGACGAAAGGUAACCUGCAACUUCAUCAUACGCGUAACCAUACUUCAGAGAAACCGUUUGUUUGUGUUACUUGUGGCAAAUCCUUUGCUGAAAAAAUCCAACUUGUUAGACAUCAGCGUGUUCGCACUGGAGAGAAACUGUUUAGUUGUGAUGUUUGUGGAAAAGCAUUCGCUGAAUCUAAAGCUUUGAGAAUACAUCAGCGUAUCCACACUGGAGAGAAACCAUAUAUUUGUAAUGUUUGUGGAAAAGCUUUCAGACAAAGUGGUUCCUUGAACACCCAUCAGCUUGUCCACACUGGAGAAAAACCAUUUGACUGCGACGUUUGUGGUAAAGCCUUCUCGAUAAAAUUACAUCUAAGACGCCAUCAGCGUAUCCACACUGGAGAGAAACCAUUUGGUUGCGAUGUUUGUGGAAAAGCUUUUCCACGGCAAGAUGCUCUGGUAAAUCAUCAGCGUGUCCACACUGGAGAGAAACCAUUUGGUUGUGAUCUUUGUGGACAAUUCUUCAAAUGUAAAGCUUAUGUGACCACCCAUCAGCAGCUAGUCCACAAUGGAGAGAAAGAUUUUGCUUGUGAAUUUUGUGGGAAAUGUUUCGGGAGUAAAAGUUACAGGGACAUCCAUCUGCGUCUUCACACCGGAGAGAAACCAUAUUGUUGUAACGUUUGCGGAAAAGCCUUCCCAAUCAAAGGUAAUUUGAUCUCUCAUCAGCGUGUCCACACAGAAGAGAAGCCUUUUGAUUGUGAUGUUUGUGGACAAUUCUUCAAAACACAAGCUUAUGUAAUCGCCCAUCAAGAGCGUGUCCACAGUGAAGAGAAAGGUUUUGCUUGUGAAAUUUGUGGGAAAUGUUUUGCUGAUAAAACCCAACUUGUUAGACAUCAGCGUGUUCGCACUGGAGAGAAACUGUUUAGUUGUGAUGUUUGUGGAAAAGCAUUCGCUGAAUCUAAAGCUUUGAGAAUACAUCAGCAUAUCCACACUGGAGAGAAACCAUAUAUUUGUAAUGUUUGUGGAAAAGCUUUCAGACAAAGUGGUUCCUUGAACACCCAUCAGCUUGUCCACACUGGAGAAAAACCAUUUGACUGCGACGUUUGUGGUAAAGCCUUCUCGAUAAAAUUACAUCUAAGACGCCAUCAGCGUAUCCACACUGGAGAGAAACCAUUUGGUUGCGAUGUUUGUGGAAAAGCUUUUUCACGGCAAGAUGCUCUGGUAAAUCAUCAGCGUGUCCACACAGAAGAGAAGCCUUUUGAUUGUGAUGUUUGUGGACAAUUCUUCAAAACACAAGCUUAUGUAAUCGCCCAUCAAGAGCGUGUCCACAGUGAAGAGAAAGCUUUUGCUUGUGAAAUUUGUGGGAAAUGUUUUGGAAGUAAAAUUUCCAGGAACACCCAUCACAAAAUCCACGCUAAAAAGAGACCAUCACUCUUUAUUGAACGUUCUUUUUGUGUGUGCGUCGAGAAAGUGAUUGGUGGACUUGAAAACUUGUAUUUUUCACACGUCUGUCGACAAGAAUGCUGGCAAUACUUUUCCUCAGACUUUAGAGCCUGGCUUGACACUGAGUCUGUAAGACUAAGAGUUAUGAACAAUAAUGAAAGGAUGGACAAGUUAGAAAGUGACAUCCUGCUAGAAAGCGAAUCAAGGCGUUGUCUGGUUGUGAACUUGGGAACCAAAUUGAACGUUUCUGACCUUUGCAAAAAAGAGGAGAAAAUGAAUAAUUUGCCUGGAGAGAAACCAUUUGUUUGUCGUUUUUGUGGAAAAACCUUUUCACUCAAAGCUGUCCUGAUAAACCAUCAUCGUAUCCACACUGGAGAAAAAUCGUUUGUUUGUGAUGAAUGUGGAAAAGCUUUCUUACGAAAAGGUAACCUGACAGUCCAUCAGCGUAUCCACACUGGAGAGAGACCAUUUGUUUGUGAUGUAUGUGGUAAAGCUUUUUCAAAUAAGAACAGCCUGGCACGUCAUCAGGGUAUCCACAUUGGAGAAACAAAAAUUGUUUGUGAACUUUGUGGUAAAGCCUUCUCAAAGAAAAACUACUUGACACAGCAUCAGAAAGUCCAUAGUCAGGGUAGAAAAAAAGCAUUGAACUGUAGCUUUUGUGAAAAAGCUUUUUCAGCUAAAUCGGAUCUGAGGCGCCAUCAGCUGGUCCACACUGGAGAGACCAAAGAAGAUCAGACAAACAAUCAUCAGGAUGUCGAAACUGGAGCGAAACCACCUGUUUGUGAUGUUUGUGGAAAAGCCUAUUCAAGUAAACGUGUCCUGAGACGCCAUCAGCGUAUUCACACUGCAGAGAAACCAUUUGUUUGUGAUAUUUGUGGAAAAGCCUUCACACGAAAAGAUGAUCUGACAGUCCAUCAGGGUACCCACACUGGGCUGAGACCCUUUGCUUGUGAUAUUUGUGGAAAAGCUUUCCUCCUUAAGUACAAGCUGGCACGCCAUCAGCAUAUCCACACUGGAGAAAAACCAUUUGUUUGUGAACAUUGUGGUACACACUUCUCGGCCAAAAGUAGCUUGAAAAGCCAUCAGCGUAUCCACACUGGAGAAAAACCAUUUGUUUGUGACCUUUGUGGAAAACCUUUUUCAAUGAAAAGUGACUUAACACGGCAUCAGCAAGUCCACAGUCAUAGAGAAAAACCCAAACCAUUUAACUGUAGCUUUUGCGAAAAAACUUUUUCAGCUAAAUCAGAUCUGAAACGCCAUCAGCGUUCCCACACUGGAGAGAAACCAUUUAAAUGUGACAUCUGUGGAAAAUCAUUCUCCGUUCAUCCUAACUUGGUACGCCAUCAGCGUUUCCACACGGGGGAGAAACCAUUUCUUUGCGAUGUUUGUGGAAAACACUACUCACGAAAAAGUAACCUGAUUGGCCAUAAGCUGGUCCACACUGGAGAGAAGCCAUUUGUGUGCGAUAUUUGUGGAAAAUUCUUUGCAAAAAAAAGUAACAUGACGAGCCAUCAGCGUAUCCACACUUCAGAGAAAACAUUGCUUUUUGUGAUUGGAGAAGAGCCUCCGCCUUUAUAAAUAAACUAGACCUCUCUUCUACAUGGUUUAUUUUCAGAUUGUGACGUAAUCUACGUUUCAAAAGGUCAUAACUUUUGAACCAAUAAAUAAAUCUUGUUGUAUGCUCUUUUUCAGCUAGGUAUAAAACCCACCAAGUGUUAGAAAUGGCAUCAUUUCGACAUUUUAUACCUUAAAUUUGUAUCCAAGUUUAAGACUUUUUUGUAAGUGAUGACUCUCACCCCUGCAUAUAAAAACCCAAACUGAAGCCAAGACAAAAUUACAGUUUAUGAACAAACCAUCAUUUAGAGUAAGUAAAUCAUCAUUAAGAGACAGUUAAAAUUCUUGCAUCAAACUUUUGGCUGCUUGUACAUACAUUGUAGUUCACAAUUAAUGCACUGAAAUGUUUCAACUUUUAAAUGAUAUUUAAUUUAUGUUCUCCAUUUGCAUGUAGUGUGUAAGAUUUGUAAAAACCAAUGUUUGUAUUUUGGACACACGAGGGCUCUUUGUAUUUUCAAAAGCAAACUACUGGAGUGCUUCUGAAUAUUUGUAGCUAGAGCUGCAUUAUGGCUCUGGCUAGAUGACAUGGCAUUCUGCAGUAAUGUGAAUUCUUAUAACAACAGUCAAAGCCACUCUGGUAGCUACCAAUAAGCCAUUUUUGCAUGUUACAUAUUUUAAAAUGUUUGUUACAAUGAAUGUUUGGUUACAACAAAUUUGAAUUCCUCAGACUAUCGAGAUACAUGUUGCAUGAUUAGGCGCAAGCUUUUGCUUAGUUGCGUAAGAGACCGUGAACACCUAUGGAUGAUUCUGAAUUGAUGCGUAUGGCACAGCGGUACCAUGGUCUGCUUAUCUGGAGGUUGCUAUACAAAGCUUGCCCCAAAACAUUUGACAUAGCAAAUGUCUCUAUAGUCUGAGGAACUCAAGAUGUAAGAUAUACAUUGUGUUUAAACAAGUCAUUCAAGAUUAACGUGCAAAUGGCUCAUUCAGAUACUACCGGGUGCGUACAUGUAACGCUCUUGUAUCAAUGAUAAAAAGUUGUUCUAAUAAUAAUAGUGAAAAAACA